AUGAAUACUGACGGAGUGUUGUCUUCUCCUGCCCUGGCAGUGGUGCUGAUCGGAGACUCCGGCGUGGGGAAGAGUAACCUCUUAUCCCGUUUCACACGGAAUGAGUUCAACCUGGAGAGCAAAAGCACCAUUGGGGUGGAGUUUGCCACCAGAAGCAUCCAGGUGGAUGGGAAGACGAUAAAGGCCCAGAUCUGGGACACGGCAGGCCAGGAGCGCUAUCGUGCCAUCACCUCUGCCUACUACCGUGGUGCCGUCGGGGCCCUUCUGGUUUACGACAUUGCCAAGCACCUGACGUACGAGAACGUGGAGCGUUGGCUGAAGGAGCUGCGGGAUCACGCCGACAACAACAUUGUCAUCAUGUUGGUGGGAAACAAGAGCGACUUGCGUCACCUGAGAGCGGUACCGACGGACGAGGCCCGGGCUUUCGCAGAAAAAAACAAUCUCUCGUUCAUUGAAACUUCAGCACUCGACUCAACAAAUGUAGAAGAAGCCUUCAAGAACAUCCUUACAGAGAUUUAUCGCAUCGUGUCCCAGAAGCAGAUCGCGGACCGGUCUGCCCACGACGAGUCUCCGGGAAACAACGUGGUGGACAUCAGCGUGCCUCCCACCACCGACGGACAGAAAUCCAAUAAACUCCAGUGCUGCCAGAACCUGUGACCCUCCCUCGGCCGCUGCCCGCCCUUCUCCUCAAGGCCUGCCCUUCAGCGGGAGACACGUGCGCACUGCUCCUUCCUCGGCCCCCCCUGACCCCCUCCUCCCCCCCCAACCCUUCUCAAAGAGGGCUAACCUCCCCUCCCCCGUGACCGGUGAUGAAUGUAGUGCUGAGGGUGGGGUGGGGGAUGCGGGGUGGGGGGUGUCUUUGAAAUUCCACCACGAGCCAGGAAGUGUUCU